CGUUUGUGGUCAGCCAGUGGAGUGACGCUUUAUCUAACCUCUUUUAUAUGCUUAUUGCUAUUGGUAUCAAAACUAGUAAAAUAAUCGUAUAUUGAUAUACAAUAUAUCGGGAUUAUAAUUUAUCAAGUAUCAACUUAUGACGUUAAAUAUAUAAUGGCAGAUGACAUAUGGAAUUUCUUUAGCAAAGUAAUAAUCGAAAUAAAUGACGAAAAAAAGGUGCAAUGCAUUCUUUGCGAACAAUUUGUGAAAUACGAUCGAGAUACGAUAUCCGAUAGUAAAGAAGAUGUUAUUGAUAUGAAAAUACAUUUAGUAAAAGAACAUCCCGAUUGCCUUAAACUGAGUAAACAACAGCUGAUCAAGAAGCGCAAGGGCAAGCGACGCUCGUAUCUGUUCAAAUAUCAUUUUUUCGAUACCGAAAACAACUUUAUCGCCAAAUGCAAUUAUUGCAAAAAAAAUUUUUCAUACAAAUCAAAUGUGUACAAUUUGAAAAAGCAUUUGCAGAGUUGUCACCCCGACGUGUUGAUAUUGGAUAAUGGAAACGAUACCUCAGCGACUGUGACCAAAGUGACGGAUAAUGAUAUUAACGAAAGUGUUGACAAUCAGGAACGAGAGUCCGACAAUGACAACAAUGGAUUUGAAGACGAAAAUAUUAGUGGAGUUCCAGAUCCAAAUGAGGUACUGGUGGACGGGCGUGCGGCGCAGACGGAGGCGGACGACUUGAGGCACUUCUUCGAGAACGUCCCCAUGAACCGUGCGCGCUGCAUCCUCUGCAAGGAGACCCUCAGCAGACACGGCCCCUUCCUCGUCAACCACGUCAAAGAGAAACAUCGCAACGUUAUUUUGAACAGUGAUUCGGAGAGCGAACAAAACGUUUAUACAGAAAUAGUGUAUGUUGACGACCCAGUACCAAGCGGUCCCUCUAGCACGAAACCCAAACCGAUAAAAGUAGAACCGGUACCAUUGAGAAAGAGAAAACUAAGCAUUACGAGUACCUAUGACGAUCUCUUUAUUAAAAAACAAUGUGAACAAAGCAUACAAACAAACACACAAACGAGAGUACCAAAUGAUGACCCAGACGAAGAAAUCGAAACCUUCUGCCGUUACAUCAGUUGCCUUUUGAAAAAAAUCCCAAAAGAAUAUUGUAUGCAGUUGCAAAUGGACAUAAUAAAUAUGAUAAUAAAUACUAAAUUGAAAAAAACAGUUGCACCGGUGCCGGAUGGGAUUAAUUUUAUUUUGAGUGGCAUCAAAGAUGGCGUAGUGACGUCAAAUGGCGUCGUGACGUCGAAUGGCGUAGUCACGUCUAAUGGUAUCGUGACGUCUAAUGGCGUUGUGACGUCUAAUGGCAUCAUGACGUCUGAUGGCGUCAUAGUUACGCCGAGUGACGUCAUUCACUCUAGCCAUAAUGGAACGCUUCCAUCAAUAGUGAUAGUUAAUAAAAAAUGUUAGUCCUAUACGUCUUCAUAAGUUGUGUGGUCAUAGAUAAUAAUGUAAAGAAUAUUUUACAAAUAUA